AUGGUCUGUCUGAAUGGUGUGAGGUGGUUUGAUGUGCUGGAUCUGAGGAGUGGAUGUUGCCAGAACACAAUGAGUGAGGUCGACAAGGAGAAGACGGCCAUUAUAGGUCCCCUAGGAUUCUUCCGAUCCAAAAAGAUGCCACAGGGCAUAUCCGGAUCCCCUGCAACCUUCCUGAGGGGCAUGGGUAAGACCAUGGGGGAUGUGGAGGUGUUUGGAGUUUUGGCGUAUGUGGAUGAUUGCUUAGGGUUUGGAUUCGCCUUGGGGGACGAUGAUGUGAGGCGAGUGCCGGAGCCCCGGACAACCAAUGAAGACUUGGAGUUCACGCUCGUCAAAGUGCAGACAGGGAAACAGAAUUCCAAGCUGAAACUGUGGUCAUGUAAUGAUGAAUUAAUCCAGAGAGAUGAAACAAUGACCAGCCUUCAAAAGGAUGAGCAGAAACUCAAGACAUCGAUCCAGAACAGAUUGGAAGAAGCUGGUGGUGUAACUGCAUCCCAGAUGGAGAUGGACAUGAAGCGUGGGUCAGAACUGCUGAGACUGGGGCGAGAGUUGGAGGAGUCAGAGAAGAGGCUGACGUCUCGACUGCAGGAGGCUGAAGAGACUGCAGAGGCAGCCCAGGCUAAGUGCUUCAGUUUGGAGAAAAUCAAACAGCAGCUACCGAUCGAGAGAAUGUGGAAGAAUAUGGCAUCGAAGGAUGAUGUGCGGGAUGUGUGGUACAUGCUGCCUCUUGCUAACUUCUCCUUGAUUGAGGAACAGACCGUUCGCCCUUCCCUCACUGAGUCAGGUGCAGUGGGGAGGUCUGGCUGUGGGCAGCCUGGGUUACAGCAGGACUCUGAAGGAAAAGAAGCGGGGCCCCGGACACGGGACAGGGGGCUCCAAGUUGCAGUGGGGACAUGAGUGAGAGAUUGAGAGAGGAGUUGGCAAGCAGAUCCGAGGUAUCCCCAGUAGUGUCUGAGCCUGAAGGGAUUAGGUGAGGGGGUAUGGAGGUCUCAGAGGAUUAGGAAACUCCCAGAUAGGUUGGCCUAUGUAGCGCCCAUGGAACAGGGCGUAAGGUCCACUGUUUGGUGAGCAAUGUGACUGUUUAUACCUGGAUUGGGUUUUUGUGUCUGCCGGAAGGGUUAGCGA